CGACUAAGGCUCCUCUGGAGAAGUUGAGAGCACUGUGGAGUCGUUACGAACUGUAACUUGAGGGCCACAGAACUGCUGCUCCCGUUUGCCUUUGGCGAUCAUCUUUAACCCCCCGGAGCACGUCAGCAUCCAGCCAUCGCGGCGCUCUCCCAGAGCGGAGGACUCAGGACUACCCCUUCGGCGAGACGGAUGGAAACUGAGCCCCUUCGAGGACCUGCCCCUGCAGUUCUGGCUCACGCGGCUCAAGUCACCAUCGUGAGCACGGGACCCUAAAGAAUGGCCGAGCCUUGGGGGAACGAGUUGGCGUCCGCCGCUGCCAGGGGGGACCUAGAGCAACUUACUAGUUUGUUGCAAAAUAAUGUAAACGUCAAUGCACAAAAUGGAUUUGGAAGGACUGCGCUGCAGGUUAUGAAACUUGGAAAUCCCGAGAUUGCCAGGCGACUACUACUUAAAGGUGCUAAUCCCGAUUUGAAAGACCGAACUGGUUUCGCUGUCAUUCACGAUGCAGCCAGAGCAGGUUUCCUGGACACUUUACAGACUUUGCUGGAGUUUCAAGCUGAUGUUAACAUCGAAGAUAAUGAAGGGAACCUGCCCUUGCACUUUGCUGCCAAAGAAGGCCACCUCCCGGUGGUAGAGUUCCUUGUGAAGCAUACGGCCAGCAAUGUGGGGCAUCGGAACCAUAAGGGGGACACCGCCUGCGACUUGGCCAGGCUCUACGGGAGGAAUGAGGUCGUUAGCCUGAUGGAGGCAAAUGGGGCGGGGGGAGUCGCGAAUCUGCAAUGAAUGUGGAGAGGGUUUUUCCACAUUGCCUCUACUUUGUCAGUUAAUUGGUUGGCGGUCCUGACUCUUUUAAUGUCGUUUGUUAAAAUUCAGUUUUGUCAUAUUUUAAAGAGCUAGCUAAAUCUUCUGAGACUGCAUAAGUGAAGCCUUACCACAGGUUCAUGAAUAUAUUUAAGCAACAUCUUUUUCACCUGCAAAA